UGCUAAUCGGAACACCAAAUCUUUUGCAGCACUGAAAACGCCAGCAAAUGAAAAUAACACAAUUUUCCAUAACAUAAUAAAUACUCGAUUUUCCCCAAUUAUUUUUGGCGGCUAAUUGAAAUUAAUUACAAAAAGACCAAGCACGAUGAGUGCCCAUCACAGGCCACUGGACGAAUCGGAUGUAUUGCUUAUACGAACCAUACGCGAUACACCCUCGCUGUAUGAUCCCCAACUCCCCUCCUUUCGAGCCUCUCACCGUAAAACUGAGGAUUGGAUGAAGGUAGCAGAAAUUCUUAAUAUAACACCAACGGAUGCCAGGCGCCGAUGGACUUGCCUAAGAGAUCGUUACUCACGUGAACUUAAGCAAAUGCGUCUGCAUCCGACCAGUGAUUUUGGUCGCAACGAUUUUUUUAGAAAGAUGGAUUUUUUGAGAGAUUUUGUAAGGAAACGUAGAGAACGCAAUCGAAGGGAUCGUAAUCAGACACCUUCUGGGUGGCUUACAGUCGAUAUGCGCAAACCAUCAAUUGUAAAGGUGCAACCCAGUUCGGAUUCAAUGAUUGACGAGACCGAGGCAAAUAUUUCCUAUGAAGAAAGCGAGGAUCACAACUAUGAAACAAAGAUGGAAGUGCAAUCAGAAACAUAUUCGGUUCUGGUGGAAGCAGAUGAUGGGGAAGAAGAUGAACCGGAAGAGGAAAAUGAAGAUACGUACGCAGAAUUUAUGACGGACAGUGUGGUAGGGGAGGAACCGACGCAGGCAAAAGUUUUGCCUAGUUUGCAGGCGGCACGGAAUGUAAUCACUAUCAAUCCAGGUGAAGAGAUACCAUCAAACACCAGUGCAACACCAACAGCAGGCGUAUCUGUGAAUGCACAGCACGGUGGCCAUUCAUCGGAUUUGGGAUACAUGGUGUGUAUAACGGAUCAAACGAAAACUAAUGUCUCGUGCACGGGAGUCUCAUCAGAUACGACGUCAAUAAUUGAAACUGAAGAUGAUUUCUUUUGCAAAUCCGUGGCCGCCUAUCUCCGUCAACUGUCCCGGGUUCAUAAAAUUAAAGCUAAGGUUGAAAUGUAUCAGAUACUUGAGAAAUAUAUAUUGGUGGAGGAGACGAGAAGUCCGGGCGAAGGUUCAGCUCAUUCUGUGCAAGAUACGUAGUGUUUUUUAAGUUAGAUUUUUAAUGCAGUACAAAAAAAAAAAAUACAUUAAAGCAAAGAUAAAGAAAUUAAA